CACGAGACUACAAGCAUCAGUCCCUCACAUUCUCUCAUCUACAACCCACCAACCAACUAAAUCACAAUGAAAGCAUUCGCUUGCGUCGUUCUCCUAGCCGUCGCCGCUCUCGGGGCUCCCGAAGGCAAGCGUGAAAAGCGUGGAUUCCUGAGCGGUGGAUUUGACUCCGGCUUUGGCCACGGGCACAUCGAGCUGGACCAUGCCCCCAUCAUCGAGCACGCUCCCAUCAUCCACCACGCCCCAUCCCACCGCCUCGUCUCUAUCAACAAAGUCGUUGAGGUGCCCAGGAUCGUGGAGGUCAAGAAAAUCGUGUCUGUCCCCAAGGUCGUCUCUGUCCCGAAGAUCGUGAAAGUGCACAAACUCGUCGAGGAGCACCCACACAUCUCCUUUGCUCCUGUCAUCUCUCACAGCUCCUACUCGUCCGGCUCUCUCUCCCAUGGGUCCCUCUCCCACGGUGGCUGGUGGUGAUUACCCCCACUCCCACUUAGUACCAAAUGUUCUAGCUAAUUAUACACUAAGA